GGUGAGAUGUUUGUGUAAUCUUAUUUCUCUGGCUCACACAGUUCAUCUUCUGCACGCACACAGGGUAUUCAAGUCUUUCUCUCUGCUGGACAUCCCUUUCUCCAGUUUUGUUAAAUGGAAAUUAUAAAAAACAGUGCUUUCCUGAGGGGUUUGUGUCGCAAUAGCGCCCCUGCAGAUUUACAGUAUGAUAAUUCAUCAGAACUCUUUCGUAUAUCCACAUAUGCUAAGUUCCCCACCACUGCGCCAGUGACGGAGAGGAGUCUCGCACGAGCAGGUUUUUAUUACACCGGAGUGGGCGACCGUGUCCAGUGUUUCCGCUGCAAUGCGACCGCCGACAACUGGCAGUCCGGCGACUGCCCUGCCGAGCGUCACAAACAGAUGUCUCCCAACUGCAGCUUCAUCCAGAGUUUACCUGCCACCGCAAACCUCCUGUCAUCCUCCCACUCAGCCUUUUCCCCGCUCCGAAACGUAGCCAUCCUGCAGCUGUCCGCCCCUGCAACCACAGGAGCGUUGACCACUGCGGCAUCAUCUUCAGGCCAAACAGAGGAGCAGGUGGGUUACCUAAACAUGGGAUUCAGCAACCUGGCACCCUCCAGUCCCAUUACCUCCCGUGGAGUGGAGGAUAUAACUCACCAGCGAACACCGGCUUGUCAUAAUCCCAGUAUGCGUCGGGAACAGGAGCGCCUUGACACAUUUCAGAAUUGGACUCUUGCUACAGUAACUCCAGCUGAGCUCGCCAAAGCUGGUUUCUACUACCUUGGCCAGGGCGACAGGGUGGCUUGCUUCAGUUGUGGCGGCCAGCUUAGCAACUGGGAACCAGGAGACCGGGCGGUGUCUGAGCACCUGAGGCAUUACCCCAACUGCCGCUUUGUUCGAGGUGACCGUGCAGAUAACGUGCCGUUAUCUGGCGGCGGCCUUUCCAAUGUAUCCAACUCGGCAAUGCAACAGUGUGAAGAACGGCUGCUCACGUUUGUCAACUGGCCCUCAAGAAUACCUGUUCGACCAGAUCAGUUGGCUAAAGCUGGGUUUUACUAUGUUGGUCGUAACGAUGACGUGAAGUGCUUUUGUUGUGAUGGUGGACUCAGAUGUUGGGAAUCUGGUGAUGACCCAUGGGUAGAACAUGCUAAGUGGUUUCCAAGAUGUGAAUACCUGUUGCAAGAAAAGGGACAAGAAUUUGUUCAUCAGAUUCAAGCAAGAUUUCCAAGACUAUAAUAUGAUGCACGCUGAUGGAUAUCUUAACCUAUUGUACACCUGGGUCCUGGAGAAGACCGUUCAGAAGAUGCAGUGAUGAUGAACAAUCCCGUGGUGAAGUCAGCUUUAGAGAUGGGAUUUGAGCGUAGCCUGGUGAAGCAAACAGUCCAGAGCAAAAUUCUUACAAGUGGAGAGAAUUACAAAACCGUUCAAGAAUAGAAGAUGAGAAGAGAGAAGACAAAAGAUAACAACAUACAAAAGAAACGACAUCUUCUAUCUCAACAAAAUGCAUCAGAUGGUUUUACUUUCCUCAAGAAACAUCAUGCUGCCUUGACACAGCGUCUAAAAAGCGUCCAGAGCUUAAUGGAUCAUCUUCUGGAAGAGAAUGUCAUCUCACAGAAAGAGUAUGAUACUAUUCGUAACUGCACUUCAGUCAAGCAGCAGACAGGGCAGCUCAUUGAUUUAGUCCUGUCCAAAGGAAACGCAGCAGCAGAGGUUUUCCGCAACUGGAUCAAGAAGAAUGAUGUGUACCUACUGAGAGAACUGAUGGCCCAGACAAAUGAAGCUGCAUCACCGAGUCAAGAUCUUUCAGACUUGCCUAUGGAGGAACAGUUGAGAAGACUUCAAGAAGAGCGCACAUGCAAAGUUUGCAUGGACAAGGAGGUCAACAUUGUCUUCAUCCCCUGUGGUCACCUAGUGGUAUGCAAAGAGUGUGCACCUUCCUUACGCAAGUGCCCCAUAUGUAGAGGACUGGUCAAAGGCACUGUCCGUACUUUCCUAUCAUAAAAAGAAUAGUUAUCCUUUGACAAGUUACAAAAUAAGUGAUUGGAUUUACAAAUUUUGUUCUUUAAUUAAAAUUCAACGUGUUUCUGAAAUAAAUUAAACAGUGAAACUGAA